UCGUGUUUCGUUUUUUGUUUUGUUUGUCUGCCUGAAACAAUGGACAACGUCUUUGGUAAUUUCGAGAACAAGUUCAAGCAUGUGAGCAACGCGGAGGGCAAGAAGAUUGCCUUGAAACUGUUCGGUUUCUAUGCCGUGCGCUGGACCCUGCGCAAGAUUAUCAAGUAAUUGGCUCUAAAGGCAAAUUCCCCCUUUUUGUCUAGCCCAGUCCACCAAGUCUGCUCCGUCUUCAAGUCUGCUGCGUCUACAAAGUCCACCACGUCUACCAUGUCUGAUGUACCCUGAUGUACAAUAUCCUCCUACCCGUGCUUGCCGUACUGCAAAUUUUUUUAAAUUCAUGUGCACAUCAAUGUUGAGAAAGUAAAAAGGUUUUCAGUUGGUUACCUCAAA